AUUUGAUUUUGGUAUCCAUCCCGAAAUUGAGUUUGACCGAAUUUAGGAUAAAAAUUAUGGCACACGAUAUCCCUUUCUCUUUUGCGACGUGUUCGAUCGGGAAGCCGACUGACAGCCUCCCCGUUAAGCUGGAGGCACUGUCUGAAGCGGGAUUCCAUGCGGUGGAGCUCGCCUUUCCGGAUAUUCUGUCUUAUGCGAAGGAGAUUCGAGGGAAGGAGGUUGCUGAGGACGACUACGAGGCGCUGCGGGAGGUGGCCAAGGAGAUCCGGGGGGUCUGUGAUCGGUUGAACGUGAAGGUGAUGAUGCUGCAGCCCUUCGCCAAUUUCGAAGGAUGGCCGGAGGGAUCAAAGGAACGAGAAGACGCAUUCAAGCGGGCGAGGGGAUGGAUCAGUUUGAUGAAGGUGCUGGAGUGUGAUAUGCUACAGGUCGGAUCAACAGACACGCCCCUCGCCUCCCUCGCCACGCACCCCAGCCUGCACGAGCGCAUCGUGCACGACCUGCGCGAACUCAGCGACCUCCUCGCCACGCACAGCAUGCGCCUGGCCUACGAGAACUGGUGCUGGUCCAGCCACAGCCCGGACUGGGCCUCGGUCUACGACCUCAUCAAGACAGUAAACCGGCCCAACAUCGGCCUGUGCCUCGACACCUUCCAGACCGCGGGGGCCGAGUACGCCGACCCCACCGCGGCCGACGGCCUGGUCCCCACCACCCACGGCAAGGCCAACCUCUCCACAGCCGAGAAGUUCUCGGCGAGUCUGGCGCGCCUCGCCCGGACCAUCCCCGCCGACAAGAUCUACCUGCUGCAGGUGUCGGACGCGUACCGGGCGGAGCCGCCCCUCGAGGACGCUGUGGUGGAGGGCAUGCGGCCCCGCGCGCGCUGGAGCCAUGAUUACCGGCCGUUGCCGUAUACGGCGGGCGGGUAUUUGCCGAUCGAGGAGGUGGGGAGGGCGGUGUUGGGGACUGGGUUUAGGGGGUGGUUCUCGAUGGAGGUCUUCGAUGGGAAGAGGAGGGAGGUGGAGUUGAAGGGGUAUGCGCGGGAGGGGUGGGAGAGUAUGCGCCGGUUUGUGGAGAGGUGUUCUUCUUCUUCUUGA